CAUGCACCACCACCUCGACGCUCGCGACUACGACACACUGGCAUGCAUUCGCAUUCGCAUUCGCAUUCGCAUUCGCAUUCGCAUUCGCAUUCGCAGCUCCAUCCAGCUUUUCUGCUUCAAAAGAAUUCCACACGGACACGGCUCCAAUCGUCUAGAAAGUUCGCACGUUAGAGUGGCGCCGGGGUUGAGCAGUGCGGCCAUUGCGCAAACAAGAUGAGCGUGACUGUGACUCGAGCUGGAGCUGGAGCUGGAGCUGGAGCUGGAGCUGGAGUUGGAGCAUCGUCUGCACAAGCCGUCACACCUGCCAUGCGCCAACGUCUGGGCGGACGAGCAGUAGCAAGGAUAGCAUGGAUAGCAGGAGCAGGAGCAGGAGCAGGAGCAGGAGCAGGAGCAGGAGCAGAAGUGUCGGGAGGAGGAGGAGCAGCAGCAGCAGCAGCAGCAGCAGCAGCAGCAGGGAGAACAUCGAACAUUGCUCUCCUGCCUGGCUCGAGUCAGAGUCGAAGCAUCGCCAUCGCUCACGCUGCGAUCAGGCACAUCAGCAGCAGCAGAGAUGUCAGCGGGUGUGACAUUCACCGACAUCAUCGCACUAUCAGCAGCGGCAGCGGCAGCAGCAGCGCCACGUCUCAGUCCCCUCCUCAUCGAGCCCACGCCCACGCCCACGCCCAUGCCCAUGCCCAUGCCCACACUCGGACCCGCGCACUGCACACCUCCAGCAGGCGACAUCGACAGCAGCAAGACCGCGGCAACGACGCAGCAGCUCUCGCUUCUUCCUUUCAACAACCCUUGACUCAUUUCGUAUUGACGCUUUCCAAAAUAGCGCGCAUCAUCGUAGGAGGAGCGUUGGCCAUCGGAGGAUCGUUGGCAUUGGGCUACGAAUUGACGCAUCAAUACAUCGAGUACAAGCUCAUGCCUUUGACCUCCUCUUCCACGCUGCUGCCUCAUAAAGACGAACAAGGAUGGAAUGAAGAAGCUUACGAAGAGAGCUGGACCGCUUUCGAUGCUACGAGCGGCACGGAUGGCAGGUUGGGUUGGAUCGCUAGACACGCUAUACGCGCUGCUUGGGCAGCUUACGAGUUGGGAGGCGGCAUCUCACCCGCCAUAUUUUUCGAGCAGCAAGGUAGGGAGAACAGAUCUUCGCCUGGAAGUCUAUCUCUUGGUCCUUCUUCCCCGCGACAAUCCCUAAAGAUCAGCGAAGCGUUGCAGAACAUAGACGGGAUGAGAUUGGCAGAGCAACACUUGAUCAUCGCUCUUCGCGUAGCCGAAGAAAAGGGAAUCAGGUUACCGGACAUCGUCGCGCUGCGUCUGGCAGGAGCGAGGGACGUAAACGUCCAGGUGGACGAAACGGCAGUGGUGUUGGAGAGAAAAUUGGCUUCCAUUCGCGAGCGGCUGGGCACGCCUCAAGCUCUUCAAGGUGCGCUCGCCACCUAUACCCGCAUUUACGACGUCCUCUCCCAUCAACGGCAAGCUGCAGGCAUGGCCGCGGGUGUCGGUGCAUCCUCGCCCGCAUCGCUGGUCAGGCUCGCAAAAAAGAUUGGCGACCUCAACGCUCUGCUCGGCAGGCCCAACGAGGCGCACGAAUGGUUUCAUCGUGCCGCUUCCUUCUCCAGCACAGGCGGAGACGCGGGCACCGGCGCAGCUAUAGUGGAUGCAGCUGAUGCCGCCGCCGCCGCCGUCGCACCAGCACUCGCUCUCGAUGCCGAUGCGCGUCAAGACGGGUCGCACAGCAACAGCGCUUCAUCCUGGUUCUCUUCUCUCGCUUUCAAAGCUGCUCAAAAGGAGACUUUGGCUGGUGCAGGUCGAGACGUGGAUGGCGUGCCUUUUGCUCCCUCUUCGGAUUCUGCCACGUUCUCGGCGCCCACCUCUGCCAACGCCAUCGGCCCCACGUCUGCCAACGCCGCGCCUUCUCCCGCACUCACUCGAGCGCUCAUAUCGACGCUGUUGAGUCUAUCGGCGCUUUAUGCGCAACAAUCGCACAUCCUACCCGAAGCGGUAACGACGACGGCGCGGGAGGAGGAGAAGAAGAAGAAGAUGCAGCUAGACAGAGCGCUUUCGGUGCAGAUCUCGGCUUUGCGCUUGGCUAGGACGGAAUCUGCUAGGAUGCGAGUGGGCAUGGGAAUGGGGGCCGCGGAUCCGUCCGCGCUUGCAAAGUUUUCGCCGUCGCAUUCGUCGGCAUCGCGGAGGGCAAUGGAGGAGGAGAUGCACGCAUUGUGGAUCGAGCUGAACGAGGGCACCGUAGCGCUGCAUCUCAGCCAAACGUUGUACGCGCUAGAUGGUGCGAGCAUGAGCUCGAAGAAUGCCUUGAGAAGAGUGCGAAGCGCGUUGCUGGCCUCUUUUUCGCGCGAGACGAACGCAACGUCGAGCACGUUCCUGGACGAAGCGCAAAAGAGCGCUUCUUCCAUCCUCCAACACCUCCAAGUCGACGACGACGACGCGGCGCAGGCUGGCUCGCAAAAGAGCAAGGGCAAGCGGCAGCAAGAGGAAAUGCUGGACGGGAAAGCGUAUUCGGAGAUUGUGAGGGAGAGGUUGAGGAGGGAUGCGGGGAGGAUGUUGCAGCAGGUAGACGCUUUGCGAAACUUUAUCAAGCCGGCUUGAAACACGUUCGCUCCCCAUCGCCCGCCCCCCCCCCCUCUUUUGCUUUGUCGCCCCUCGCCGCUUGUGCUGGUUGGUGCAUGCAAGCGGCGCCUGCUCCGACAGGCACGAC